AUGCCUGUGGAUGUGAUGCGUUGGGCGUCCCCGCAGCGUCGUAGUAGUCCGUUCCAGAAACUUCCACCACUUGUAACUGUAAAUGAAGCGGUGCCGGUGACGCAGGCAGUAUGGUUGGGAAGGAAUAACUGUUCAGCACACUGGUCAGGAACGAAAUACCUCACUUCCUCUCAACAGCAGAGGUAA